AGGGGAAAAGAUAAUUCAUUCUAAUUUUAUCCUUUUACAGAUUAACACCCUUAGAAAUGCAGUCAUUUCGAGAAAGGUGUGGUUUCCAUAGCAACCAGCAGAUAUACCAGCAAACAAUGCAGGAACCAUCACGGCUGGAGAACUACAGGCACCCGAGUCAGACAGGUCCAAACUGUGAGCGUCAAAGGCUGUUAAGGAAAGAAAAUUACAGUCAGCAGUCUUAUCAAGGAUAUGAAAGCAGUCAUGCAGAGAAGUUUCAAGGGCAGUACAAGCACUUUUCAGCCCAGCAGCUUCAAAAUAGGGCUUCUUUUUCAAACUGCACUAUUCAGGACAACAGCAGCUGUUCAGGACAGUACACAGCUGAUGAAAGGUUACAAAGCUGGAGAGCACAGCAGUCUGUAGCUAAUAGGCUAACUAAGUAUGAACAAAAUGUAACCAAAAAGGCUCAGAUUUCCUCUUCAAGUACAGGACCAUGUCAAGAACAAGGAAUGAAAGUAGCCUUUAAAAAUCAGUCCCUGCAGUCUCACCAGCAAGCUACCCCCACCUACCCCAAGGUAAGCCAGCAGAAGGUGCAAACAGAGGUAUCUUUGGCUGUGCCUUUUUCCCAGUCAACACAUUUUACUCAGCAGUCCCAAGCCUUCCCUUCUUUAUCAACCUACACAGUAGUUCCAAGUAGCCAGUCAUACAAAAGUUAUGCUUCAUCUUCCAGCCAACAGCAUGACAGUCACCAUGGAAAUGCCAGUACUGGCUUGGUUCAAAGGUCACCGAAUAUGUAUAACUACCAAUCAGCACCAGCAAGAGCUGGCUACACCCAUCAUCACUCACUACGUGGAAGGACCCACAUCCAAGAAGGUGUGCCAUUCCAAGCUGUGGCCAAGUACCAGCACUACAAUCAAGCAACCCAAAUAUAUUGCCAGACUGAGUCUUCAGGUAGAACACCUGAACAGUACUACCAGGCAUUUAGCCCAGGCUCAAGUAAUUCUCCGGCAUGUUCAGUUGGUAAAUCACCAUCAUAUAGUUCAACCCCUUCACCUUUGAUGUCCAACCUAGAGAAUUUCCAAUUCAGCCAGCAGUCCAUCACUGCAGGGGCUUUUGCAGGCAGUCCUACAGAACAAGCUCAGUUGAUGCCCUUGCUGAAUCCUUCUCCACCAGAUGGGGCAAAUCCAGACCCUCAGUCAAGAAACCGCAAAUUGCAGUUGAAGGACAGAGUUUCAGGGCCUCUUCUCUCUGAUCCUGGUUUACAUUGCCUCAGUGCACUGACUUCUCAGGUAGACAGCAUCACCAGUACUGUUCAAGAACUUCUUCUUGCUAAAGCACUAUCAUCACAGAAAAAGGAUGUGAACCCAUCAGUUUGUAAAACUGAUGGGCUGCAAAUCCAGAACUGUCCACCCCAAGACAAUGUCCACUCUAACAAUCCAACAGAUGCAAUUCUCCCUGACCCACUAAGAGUCUUUCAGUCAGUGAAUACUGAAGCCCAGGAAGUAGAUUACCUUAGUAGCUCUGAUGAUCAACUAGAGAAAAGCUACCUACAAUGUAGCCAGAGCAAAUGCCCAGUUAGAACUGGCAGAAAUUCCAGAAGCAACCCAGAAUCUGUUUCCUCCUUUUGUGGCACUUCUGACAACAUGUCUUCAAAGUCAGAUGACUCAUUGCAUAGUAUCCCUUGUGACAUACAGAUGGAAUGCUUCACAAAAUUUCUAAAUGAUGAUGAUGAUGAUUGCCCAAGACUGUCCUCCAAUGCAUUAUGUGAGGAAGAAAUUUCAUCUGGUGUUAUGUUAUUACAGGAUGCCUUAGAUGAAGAGGUAGACAAUACAACCUGGUCUGAUAAAUCAGACUUGGAAAAAGAAGCAGCAGAGGUGUCUUUCUUGCUAGAGAAUCACGUGAAAUGCACAGAAGAUUCAAUUAAGUGCAUUUGGUCUGAUGAAGAAAAAUCCGCUUUUCAGCAUGAGCUGAAUCAAGCUUUAUUAGGGAGUAGUUCUCUGAAGGGCUUUAAGGACAAAGGCUGCAUGAGAAGUCAAAUGCCAAGCAAAAGCAAAGAUAGCAGCAAACAUGUAGGGUCAUUGACAUUUGAAUGCAAAAGCAAUUCAAAAGCUUCAGUUGACAUGAGGACCCAAAACUGCCACACACCAGGGCCAUCUACUAAUGACCCUGCAUCUGAAGAGUCACAUUUGGUCUGGCCAGAUAAGAAUAUGAAUGAACCAUGCUUAAACUGGAAAGAGCAGGGACUGCCUAACAUCCUCUUGAGUGAGUCCCAAAACACUUUAUCAAAAAAUAAAUUUGGAGAGUACAAAGAAGAUAAAAUUAUCAGUCAUCAGGACUUUGAAAGUAAAUCCACAUUGGAAGGCAACAAAGAGGGUCUAAAAUUGAGUCCCAAUAGUAGUUCAGCAUUUAGUGGAAGUACGGUAGCAGAUAACCACACUUGGCUGUCAGAAGCCUUACAGACUUGUGGAAAAGAUGUUACUGUGAAAGAAGACUUAACAACAUGUCCUACAGAGGUAAAGACAGUAUCCAUGGAAAUGGAAAAACAAAGUGAUGAAAAAGCAUCAGUGGUUCCCGAUACCUACCCUAUAAAGCACACAGAUACAACAAAAGAAAUGCUGAAAUCAGAUCUCUCGCUGCCAUUGGUAGGUGAUGUUAAAAAUAAUAAAUCACAGGACAAUUCUGAGACAGCUGUAAGUCCAGCUGUUCUAUCUGUUAUCCAUCUAGGACCAGCAAUUGCAGCAGAAUCUAAAGUAGAAAGCUGGUUUCAGGUGUCUCUAUCUCACAUGAAACCUGAUGGAGAGAUGAAGGACAAGAAGUGGUUUCCAAAUGAUGAAGUAGUGACUAAAACAGGACCAGUGGCUGAUGUAAAUAGUGUGAUUUCACUGGAAAGAUGUGAAACUGGAACUGAAGGGGGAUCCCCAAUUUGUAAAACUCUUCGAAACAGAAUGGUUUCUUGUCAGUCUGUAAAAGACAAAUGCAGACAUCACUCCCAGAAGCAGACUUUCCGUAAGGCACUCAACAAAUUAGAAAGUUCAAGUAUACAAACAGAAGGUGAGCACAAUAAUACCCCUAGACAAAUAAAACUUCCUGGAGACCGUUCACUAACAAGGAUGUGUACCCGUUCAUUCACAGCCAGAACUGAACUCCUGAAACAACACACAGAUGCUAAUGAGAGAAAUGUAAUAAAAGUAAAGGAUGACAAUAUUAUGAAGAAAAUAAAUAGCUCCAAGUUAAAGAGAGAAAUAUUAGCUUCAAAUGAUAUACAAAAUUCUAGUGAACAGGAACAUCCUACAUUCCUACAUGUGUCAUUAAAUGGUAAUCUUCAAAGUCAAAUGACUAAGUGUUAUGAACCUAAAGUCAUAUUAAAUAAACAACCAGUGAGCAUGAUACUGCGCUCCAAAACUAAACUGCAAGAUACACUUAUAAAAGGUGACUUACUGAAUGAAAAAUCUCCCACUGAAUGUGCAAACAGUGGCAAAGCUACCAAAAAGUACACUUUGAUGCAAGAAGUGAAAGUAACCUUAAACCCUAGGAUUAUCACAAAGUCAAAAUGUAAGAAAACAAAGUUUAAAAACAGUUUAAAUCGCCAGAAAUUUUCAUCAGGUUUUGUUAGCCAAACUCCUAAAAAAACACUGCACUCCAUAAAAAGGAAGGCAAGUUCCUGUUCUCCUGUACCAGCCAAAAGAAGAAUUAGCUCCUUGAAAAAUAGUGCUAAGAGGGUUGAGAAGUCAGAAGAGAUUCAAAGUUCAAACAAAAUGGUGGAUCAUCCAAAACACACAAGAAAAAGGGUAUUCACUGAAAUUAACCAUAGUGUUACUGCUGACUGUACCUUUUCCAAAGGACUGGCUAGUAGCUUGAAGUGUGAUAUAUCCUCUGAGCACUUAGCUAAAACAAAAGUUUUGCCUCCAAGAAAGGGAAGGGGCCUUAAACUGGAAGCCAUUGUACAGAAGAUUGCUUCACCAAAUUCAAAAAAGUUUUUAUUUAACAGUAAUCUGGAAAAUUGUACCUUAAACAUAUCACUGUCUGAAAAGGAACUUCCCUUCAAAAUCCCAAGUAAAACCUUGUUAGAACAAGUAAAAUCAGAAGACAAAAUUAUCAAACAAAAUGGCAACUUUCUUAGGCCAGCUCAGGCAAAAAAGGUUUCAACAAGGGCACAUUUAAAGCAAAAAGGUUUAAAAUGUAAUAAGCAAGCAGUGAUAAGAAACAAAUACAGUUUGUUAAAGAAUUCACUGACAUCAGGCAAUAAAGCUGCAAAUGGUUUGAAGUUGCUUCCCAAAAAGAAAACUAAAAAAAGAAAAAUGACUAAGCUUAAGAAUUCUAAUAGUUCUUCUUUACAGCAUUGCGUCACCCAUCCACCUCGUCCAUCACCUGACUCAAAACUGGCUACUAAAAAUGUUGUGGAAAGGAUUCCGAAAGUGCCAAAGGUAAAUAAAUUAACAAGGACUAGAAGAGAUGUGUCUUUUUCAGUGUGUAAUGAAAGCCAGCCUUUCCGGCCCCAAACUAGGAAACACAUACGCCUCAACAAUUUUAGUGGCUUCUCCAAAAGAAAAAGAAAGCAUCUUAUUGGAAGCACAACUAAAAGCUUUACUUCUAGAUGUAAAAACAAGACUAAAAGAGAACAUAUUCCAGUUGUUAAGUUUGCAGACCCUGUAAAAGACUUCAGUCAUGUAACAAAUAAAACAGUAAAUCUGGAAAGAAAAAAAAAAGUUUUUUCUCCCUAUAUACGAGUGGAAAAGAAAAAUAAGCGUAUGACAGUGUGCACUGUUAUUAACAGACCCCAGGAAGAAAUUAAAGUGCACAGGCAACAGAAACGGUCCUUAGUAGCAAAGGCAACUACCUCAGGAAGUAAAGUAAUGCCAACAUCCUCUGUUGCACAGCUUGGUCCCUUGCUAUCAAGGAGGCUAAACUCAAGUUCUUUACUUUGCUGUCUCUGCAGAAAACCAGCAAAUUAUAAGGAACUUGGUGAUCUCUGUGGACCGUAUUAUCCAGAAAAUUUCAUUCCAAGGAAGAACUCAGCUGUUAAAAGCAAAAUAAAGUCAGACAGCCAAAGUGAGAGACUGAAAUCAUUGCAAGCUGGAUCAAUGGCAAUAGAUACAGAUAAUAACUGCAAAUCUGAAGUGAUUAGCAGAGAGAAGCCAAAAGCAGGCAGGACAAUAGAAUCAGCAAAACCAAGUGUUGUCAGAUCCAGUUCUAGAGUGUUUAGGAAGCAGCAGAACUGCUCUUGCUGUGACAAGAAAGUGGAGGAUGCUGUGCCUGAAAAAGUUAAAAGGCAUCAGUGUAAUGAGGCAAGUGUAACACAGCAGCAGAGUGAACUCGAUACCAAAGAGUGCUGGGUGCAUGAGGCCUGUGCUGUGUGGACGCCUGGGGUUUAUCUGGUGGCAGCAAAACUUUACGGACUACAAGAAGCUGCUGAGAAUGCAGUCAAAAUGAAAUGUGCCGAAUGCCACAAAGUGGGUGCAACACUGUACUGCUCAUCAAAAGAAUGUUCCCAAAUGUAUCACUACGCAUGUGCCAUGGAAACAGGUUGUUCAUUAAGUGAAGAGAGUUUUUCUUUGGAAUGCCCAAAACACAAGGACAUAUGAAGCCUUGUCACUGAGUAGCAGGCAAACUGUUUAUUGCAUAAGGCUAAACAAAGAGAUUUCAUUGUUUCUGCGUGCUGUCCUACACUCAACUGAGACUUUCAAAUGGAUAAAGGACAGAAAGAAAAUGCCUAUGGAUUUACUGCAGAAAAAACUAUCCCCAGUGUGGUGAUUACUAAAAAACCAUGAAGCGUGCAGUAUCUGUUUCCUAGGAUUUUAUUGUGAGCAGCAUG